AUGUCUAAACUAGAAUCACUUCCAAACGAAAUAUUAACUGAUAUUCUUGAGAAAUACACCAAUGGAGUUGAUCUACUUCGAAUUUUCAGUUUUCAACUCAAUCAACGUUUUGAUACAUUGAUUACUCAAUGUCAACGAGUUCGUUUUGAUUUUAUUCAAUGCCAAAAAGAUGAUUUUCGUUUUUGCAUGGAACUUGUACCAGCCUAUCUUGACAAAAUAGAAGAAUUAGCCAUAUCAGAACAAGACACACCAGGUCAAGUUAAUGCUUUUCUAUCUUUGUUUCCAUCAUUUGAAUUAUUUAAACAACUUCGAACACUUUAUAUUCAUUUUGACGACGAUGCUAUUGAUUGGCGAAUUAUUGAAAGAGCUCUUAAUUCAUUAUCACAAACGGCUAUUGAAACUUUAUCAAUCAAAUCGAUGAACACAGAUAUUUUUAACGGUAAAUUAUUUUUUAUUGAUCGUCAACAAGAAAAAAAAAUAACACCAAGUUAG